AUGCAGGCCAGCAUCCCUCGGCCAGUAGCUAAAGGCGGCGUCGCGCUUCUUUCGCUCGCCAUCCUCUUGUCACUCGUUCAGACCAUCUUCAACACUUUCGUCAGCCUCCUUUUUCUCGGAGGCCUAGGAUACUUAGGGUUCCAGUACCUAUCCAAGGAUGGCAAGAACUCUUCUGGGGCUUCAGCCAUGGACGCGCAGAAGAUAGCAGAGCUCAAGGCCUUCGUGCAGCUCUGCCAGAAAACUCCCGCCGUUCUCGCGGACCCGAAGCUCGAGUUCUUUCGUGAUUAUCUUGAGAGUCUGAACGCGGAGGUGCCAGGGGAGGCGUACGGCCUGAAGACGGGCGCCGCACCCAAGGCAGAGGAGAAGGCGGAGGAACCAAGCACGAUGGAGUCCGAAGCGAGCAAGGUGGAGGAGCCAGAGGAGGAAGAGGAGGAGGAGGAGGCGGAGAUUGUCGAGUCAGACGUGGAGAUAGACGAGGAGGGCGUGGUGGAGGGGGACGACGACCCCCCGCAGCAGAUGGGCGAUGCCAGCAAGGAGGUGGGCGAGGAGCAGAGGGACGCCGCUCAGGCCGCCAAGGCCCAGGCCAUGGAGGCCCUGGCUGAAGACAAUCUGGAGGCGGCAGUGGCGCAUCUCACAGAGGCCAUUCUCAACAACCCCACCUCCGCACUGCUCUAUGGCAACCGAGCUGGAGUAUUUGUGCGCAUGAAGAAGCCCAACGCUGCCAUUCGAGAUUGUGACGAGGCUCUCAAGCUCUACCCUGACUCUGCCUGCGCCUACAAGUCCCAGGGAGAGGCCAAGCCCCUUCUCGGGCAGUGGGAGGUGGCAGCUGCUGAUUUACGCCUGGCCUCUCGCCUGGACUACGACGGGGAGGUGAACUCGUUUCUGAAGCUCGUGGAGCCCAAGGCACACCGCCUGGAGGAAGGAAGUCACUCCAUCUUCCCCUCUCGCUCCCUCUGUUCCCCCGAUUUAUUCCAGCUCAACCCGGAUUCCGCCCGCGCUUACAAGUCCCGGGGCGAAGCCAAAGCCCUAUUGGGCCAGUGGGAGGUGGCAGCAGCGGACCUGCGUCUGGCAUCUCGCCUGGACUACGACGAGGAGGUGAACUCGUUCCUGAAGCUCGUGGAGCCCAAGGCACACCGCCUGGAGGAGCACCGGCGCAAGUACGACCGGCUGCGGAAGGAGCGCGAGGAGCGCGUGGCAGCCAAGGAGAGGGAGCGGCGCAGGAAGGCGGCUCAGAAGGCGUAUGAGGAGGAGAAGAGGCGCGAGGAGGAGCGGAAGAACGCGGCCAGAGGGGCUGGGGGUGGUGGAGGGUUCCCGGGGGGGUUUCCAGCGGGAAUGGGGGGUAUGCCGGGGGGUUUCCCUGGGGGGAUGGGGGGUAUGCCGGGGGGUUUCCCUGGGGGGAUGCCGGCAGGGAUGGGGGGGAUGGGGGGCAUGGGAGGGAUGCCUGGGAUGGGCGGCGGUGCGGGCGGCGGCAUGCCGGAUAUGAGUCAGAUGCUCAAUGUGAGUCAGAUGCUUAAUGACCCUGAGCUGCUCAUGGCGCUUCAGAACCCCGCUGUCAUGGCAGCCAUGCAGGACGUCAUGAAGAACCCGGCCAAUCUGCUCAAGUAUCAGAAUGACCCCACAGUGGGUCCAGUGCUCAUGAAGCUCAUGUCUAAGUUUGGUGGCGGCGCUGGUGGUGGCAUGUAG